AUGCUGCCUGUCCUCGUGCAACAUGCGGGGCAUCACCUGACCCGCAUCACCUUCCAUCGGCUUCGUCACUUCACGUUGGUUGGACCUCCUCCAUCUUGCAUAUUUUACAGCCACUCACACUUCUUCAUCACCCCCGCCAUCAUUGCCUUCACCGCUCGCCACCACCUUCUCAUCAUCCUCGUCGCCGUCAUCGUGGCGCCGUUCCUCCGUCUCCCCACCCGCCUCUCAUCAGUGCUGGGCCACCUUCGAAUAAACAACUAUAGCUAUCCCCGAUACCUGACCACCUCCACCAUGGCCCCUGCUCACCUUCGGCGUCCGCCGCAGGCCCCGCCCACCUUCACAGCUACCCCUCAAUCAGUCGUCGCCGACGCAGAGCGCAUCAUCAAGACCUCUCGCGGUGUUCAGGACCAAGUCGUCGGCUCCGUCCAAGCUAGCAAUGCCACCUUCGCCAGUGUCCUUGGUCCCCUGUCUCAAGAUGAGAACGUCAUGGCACUGGAAGCGCACAUCCUAGGUUUCUACCAAGCCGUAUCAGUGGACCAGAAGCUGCGGGAUGCCUCUUCCAAGGCCGAAGAGCUAAUGGAUGAGUUCUUCAUCGAAUCCGCGAUGCGCGAGGACAUCUUCAAGCUCGUUGCCGAAACUCUGAACAAGAACGAGCCCCUGGAGCCUGAGUCCCGCCGUUUGCUCGAGAAAGAACACAAGGACUUCAUUCGCAACGGUCUGGGUCUUCCCGACGGCCCUGAGCGUGCCCGUUUCAAGGAGAUCAAGAAACGCCUCAGUCAAUUGAGCAUCGAGUUCCAGAAAAACCUGAAUGAGGAGAAUGGCGGUAUCUGGUUCACACUCGAGCAAUUGGAUGGUGUCCCCGAGGACGUUCUCUCCGGUCUUAAGAAGGGCGAAGGCGAGAACGACGGCAAGGUCUGGCUCACCUUCAAAUACCCCGAUCUCUUCCCUACCAUGAAGUACGCCAAGAACUCCGAGAUCCGUAAGCAGGUCAUGAUUGCAAACGAGAACAAGUGUAAUCAGAAUGUGCCUCUGUUCCGCGAAGCUAUCGUCCUCCGUGAUGAGGCUGCCCGUCUGCUCGGCUACCCCAGCCAUGCUGCCUUCCGCAUUGAAGACAAGAUGGCCAAGACACCUGAGACUGUCAACAAGUUCCUUGGUGAUCUGCGAUCCCGCCUGACAGCCGGCGGAAAGUCCGAGAUAAACACACUUAUGGAGCUGAAGAAGAGUCUGGACCCCAACUCUGAUGGCCAAUAUUACCUCUGGGACCACCGCUUCUACGACCGUUUGAUGCUGGAGCGAGACUUCUCGUUGGACCAGCAGCUGAUUGCCGAGUACUUCCCUCUACAGACUACCAUCCAGGGUAUGCUGAAGAUCUUCGAGGAGCUGUUCGGACUUGAGUUCGUUGAGAUUGUCGGCGAGGACCGCGCAGCUCUCGCACCCACCGGUAAGGGUGACGACAUCGUCUGGCACGAGGAUGUGCAAGUCUUCAGCGUUUGGAACGACGAAGGCGAAGGCAGCGGAUUCGUCGGAUACCUCUACCUGGAUCUCUUCCCCGCGAGGCCCGGCUUCAUCGACGCCACCGGUAACCGCCGCUUCCCCGCCACAGCCCUAGUCUGCAACUUUACCAAGCCGACACCCAAGAAACCCUCUCUCCUAAAACACGACGAAGUCGUCACCCUCUUCCACGAACUGGGCCACGGCAUCCACGACCUUGUCUCAAAGACAAUCUACUCCCGCUUCCACGGCACAAACACAGUCCGCGAUUUCGUCGAAGCCCCCUCACAGAUGCUGGAAAACUGGUGCUGGACACCGUCCCAGCUGCGCGCCCUGAGCACCCACUACGCAACCCUGUCCCCGGAAUACCUCAAGGGCUGGCAAGAAGCGCAAGGGCGUGCCGGAAAGGACGCUUCGUCCCCUGCCCCGGCUGCUCAGAUCCCGGACGAAGUUAUCAACAACCUCAUCCGCACCAAGCACGUCAAUGACGCACUCUUCAACCUGCGCCAACUGCACUUCGGAAUUUUCGACAUGAGCGUCCACGAGCCCGCCAGCCACGCUGCCAUCGAGGCCCUGCCCAUCUCAGCAACCUACAACCGUCUCCGCAAGGAAAUCACCCAAAUGGACGGUCCCGAGGCUAUUGGCGCAGGCGAUGAGUGGGGUCACGGCGAAGCUACAUUCGGCCAUUUGAUCGGUGGUUACGAUGCCGGUUACUACGGUUAUCUGAGCUCUCAAGUCUACUCAACAGAUAUGUUCUACACAAUCUUCAAGGACGACCCUAUGAACAAGUCAGCUGGUCGCCGCUACAGAUACCAAGUCCUCGAGAAGGGCGGUUCGCAGGAUGAAAUGACUACCCUGACGCAGUUCUUGGGCCGUGAGCCGGAGACUACCGCUUUUUAUAAGGAGCUUGGUCUUGCUUAG